AUGUUCUCCUUCAAGGUGGCUCUCGGCCAUGGAGCUUUCACUGUAUACAUACUGGACCUUGUCAUCAUUGCCAACCCAACUACUCACCCUUCUACAACUACAAUGGAACGUCUGAAAGAGAGUAUAUACGGCCUGAAGGUUGCGCCGCGCAUCCGAACCACCCCCAUGCAAGUCCUGGCUGUCGGGCCCUCCAGGUCAGGCACAGGCUCCCUACGAGAAGCACUGCUUCAGCUCGGCUACCAUCACACCUACCACGGCUUUGACACUGUGGUCCACCCAGAAGACGACAUCAUCUGGCACAAGCUCAGGCUGAAGCGCGAGAAGCUAGGCCCCGGAUCCCUGACGGCCGCCGACUUUGACCGGGUCAUUGGCCACUGCGCCGCCAUCACCGACCAUGCAGCUACAGCAUUCGCCCUCGAUCUCAUCGCGGCGUAUCCAGACGCCAAAGUCAUUCUCAAUGUCCGCAAAGACGUCGACGCGUGGCACAGGAGCGUCAUGCAGACGCUCAUGCCGCUGCACCGGAGCUGGACAUUUUGGGUCCGCAGCUGGUUCUGCUCCGAGCUGUUUUGGGUCCGCGAGAGCUUCAUGCGCGGCAACUGGGACAAGUUCUACCGAGGCGACUUUGAGCAGCACUCGCGCGCCGUCUUGGAGCAACACUGCCAAGCGGUCACGUCGCAGGUUGCACCGGAGCGGCUGUUGGAGUGGGAGAUUCACGACGGGUGGGCGCCGCUGUGCCAUUUUCUCGGCAAGACGGAACCGGAUAGGCCCUUUCCUACCUUGAAUGCAGGAAGAAGUUACGAGAAGCUCUUUCGAGAGCGAAUGGCGCGCGCUGACGGAAACAUGCUCCGGCUAUUGGCGGGUCUUGCAGCUGUGGCGAUUGCUUCCGCUUAUACCAAGUACUUUUUGUGUUUAAUCGUCUUCUCCCCUGGCUAA